AAAAUACCCAAGACCAAAAAAGUUUAAAAAGAGAGCAAUAUAAACAUGAAGAAGAAAUGAAUGGACAUGGCGAGAAAUGGAGAAUCUAGAAUAGCAAAGCAGCAGGGAGGGCAAUCACAAUCACUCAUCUAACGUGGGGAGAUCUAUCUAAUCACCUCACACCCUUCUCUCUCUCUCUGUCCAGAAAUAGUUGUUCCUCUCUUCCCUAAGCAUGGACGGAUGAGGGUGAUGGCGAUGGUCUCUGUCCUGAUAAUCCGCUGGCCACACAUGACAUGUCGCAUGUGCAUGCAAACCCAAAUGCCCAAAACCAACCAGAUUGAUUAGCAAUAAUAACUCCUCCUCUUCCUCCUCCUCCAUGUCCAUCAUCAUCCCAUGACCCCUUGCCGGAGCCGUGUCUCUCCUGCUGCCCGGACGCGUCGCUGCAAUGCCGCAGCCGGGAGGACGCCGCUAGGCGGCGUUACGGCCAGGGCGCUCGCCGCCGGGCUCUGGAGACUGCGCCACGCCGAGCGGCUGCAGGCGGCUGGACCCACCGCGCGGCGGCACCGGCAAGGUUCCUCCUCGGCGCGCGCCCUCGUGCCGAGCCCCCAACAGGGACGGAGGAGAGCAAACCACCUCCGCUGCCAUGGCAAGAAAAGGCAAUUCGGUGUUCCAAGCCAAUGCCAAUGCCAAUGCAGGAACCACCAUGGCAUCCUAGACAAGAUCGAAGCCUGCGUGGAGUUACCAAUGCCAUACAGUUCGUCGAUGGAGAAGGCGACCAAAUGGGACCGUGUGUAUGCCAACCAUCUGGGAUUGGACGCCAUCUUCGGCCCCCAUGAUCCAACCAUCUGGAACCAUGCUCAUCAUCUCUCGCGAUCAACGACGACACUCCCUCGUGCGACGGUGGUGCUGCUCCUCGAGGCCGAGCUCGACAAGGCGCGGGCUCAGAUCGGUGAGCUGGAGGACGAGAGGCGCGUGAUGAGGAAGAGGCUCGAGCGGUUCUUGCGGAAGCUGGCCGAGGACAAGGCAGCGUGGAAGAGCCGGAUGCGCGACAAGGCGCAGCACGCGGCCGCUGCGCUAAAAGAGGAGGCGAGGCUGGAGCGGAAGCACCGGCGGCUGCUGGAGUCGGCGAACGUGAAGCUGAUGCGCGAGCUGGCGGAGGCGAAGCAGCAGGCGCAGAGCUACGAGGUGGAGCGGAAGGCGCGGGAGCUGAUGGAGGAGGCGUGCUCGGAGCUGACGCGGGAGGUGGAGGAGGACCAGGCGGAGGUGGAGCUGCUGCGCCGGGAGUGCCUGCGGAUGCGGGAGGAGAUGGAGGAGGAGCGACGGAUGCUGCAGAUGGCCGAGGUGUGGCGCGAGGAGAGGGUGCAGAUGAAGCUCUCCGACGCCAAGCUCGCGCUCGAGAGCAAGUACUCGCAGCUCAACCGCCUGCAGGCCGAGAUGGAGUCGUUCCUUCGCAACAAGGACUCAUGCCACUCAUCCGCGCUGCGGGAGGCCCGGAUGAUCGGCGAGGCGGCGGCGAGCUCCUCGCUGAGGUCUCGCCGCGAUCAGUUCAACAACAACGACGCGCUCAGGCACCGUCAGAAUGAUACUCCCGCCGAGGUGGAUGUGGAUUCGGUGUUGGUGUUCGAGCACUUCCGCCGGAAGGAGAGCAGCGCCAAUGGGACCAGAUCAUACAGCAGCCCGGUGAGCCCUGCAUCGGCCAAUGUUCAGUCCGAGAGCCCAGCCACCGACCUCUUCUUGGCAAAGGUUGACGACGACGAGGACGGCUGUGGCAGCUCGGCUGACCUGGAAUACGACGGAGGCCGGGAUUCUUGCAGCUGGAUGGGGACCAGUGAUCGCUCAGCUUCAGUGGCGCGAGCGAGCAAUGGCAGCGGGGUGACGGAGGCUCAUUCUUCUGGCAUGAGCAGGCGUUCUGGGACCAAGAACACGGCGCUCAUACGCAGGCUCUGGAGGUCGGCCAUCAGCGAGAGCAGGAAGAAGACGGGAUCGGCGCCGAGGAAUGGCGGCGGCUGGUCGCCGUCAUCAGAUAGGAAGUCCACCGUGGCUCCUCCAUCGGGGCCGGUUGCAGGUGCAGCAGAGCAGUGCAGUUCGUCAGGCCCCGUGAAUCUGCCGAUCAGGAAACGCGACGCCAUUAAGGGACACGACGGAUUGCCGUUGCCACAACGGGGAGGCACGCAGCAGCAUAGCAAGCAGAGCCUCAAGGAGAAGCUCAUGGAGGCCAGGAUGGAUGAUCACAAAGACAAGCCCUGCCACGCGGCGGUGAAGCAAAAACCCUGACCAUCAAAUCAGAAUGAUGAAGAGAAUGACGUCGAAUUUGGAAGAUGAAGAAGAUUUGGUAAGGAUCAUGAGCAUGAUAGCUGACCAAGGCCAUCACCAAAACAAUUGCUGCUUAGCAUCAAGAUAUCGUGAUGCACAGCGACAAUUUUGUGGCUCGCGACCUGGAUCAGGAACAAAAAAACAAAAAAAGGUCGUGUUGAUAUAUAGUAUUAGCGUAUCUGAAUAUUUGAAGCACUCCAUUCCCAUUUGUACGCUCACUACCUUACAUGUAUACAUACCAACAUUGAUUUCUAUUUUCUCCUAGAUUCUGUAUCAUACUAGUCUCCCCCAAUGUACAUUGUUCACAUUAACUAUAUAUACAGAUACGC